AUGCAAAAAUUUGGACGAGUUUUUGCGACCAGCACCAUCAGCAACAAUAGCAUUGCUUGCAGAUGUGAAGAGACAACACAGCAAAUCAUCGAGGGGGCGGAAAGGGGUGGUAAGAGAGUUGUUUACGAGUUUUGGGACGGGAGCGAAGAGACGAGCAAGGCCAUUCAGCCGGCUAGCGCAGAGACGGAGAGCAGUCAUGUGCAGGGCGUAGCGAUUCGAUUCGGUUACCUGAAGUUGGUCCUGUGCAGAAGUAGGUCAAGGAUGGGAGUGGUACUGCUAUCGAAUGCCGGUUUUUAUCUGGGAAAACUGCUUGCCGAAGAGAAAAACACGGCCGCUGUCGUGGGCACAUUGACGGCAUUGGCGACGAAACGAGUACGAGACACUGGCAGACAACUAGCUGGAAGCGAAUGCGCCGAGCGUCUUCUCAAUCUCUUCUUCUCUGAUGAAGUGAAAGGAGCUAAAGAGUUACUCGUGAUGCUUUGCGAAGGAUCUACCGACAUGAGAGACAGGAUGGGAGAGGCUCAGAUUAUUCAGAAAAUUGUUGAGACUAAAGAUGAGGGCGCUCUAAACUGCAGACUAUUGGCUGCUUUUGCGCAGGAAGCUUGGGGUCGUGCAGCUUUGAGAGAGUUUGGUGCCCUUGAUUUUCUCAUUUCACGUUUGUCAUCCACAAACGCAAGUUCCGCUGAACGUCUAGCUAUUGUACAGCCACUACGACAUUUCGUCCAUGAUACUAACGGUAUGGCUUUUCUCGCUCGGAAUCGGCUUUUCGUGGAUACCGUGGUGAAGGAUGUGACGGAGUUCAUAGCCAGUAAUAAAAUUGUUUGUGAGCCUGAGAUUGUUUCUGGUGAAGACGAUUUGCGACCGGACAGUCCUUUACUAAUGGAAAUAGAAUCCUACAUACAGAAGAAAGGCGAUAACGAUGAGGAUUCCCGUGACUCGCGUCUUCACAAGGACUACUCGUCUCUUUGGGCUUACUCGACGCCCUCUCCGAACAGGUCAUCGUUCAGCUCUCCUAUGUAUAGUCCCCCUUCUAGCGGAGCUGGUAGUCCAGUGUCUGGUUACAGUACCAGUCCAUUGGCAAGCCCCUUCUCCCAACAAAGGACAGCUAGCGAAUCGACAUCAGAAGUACCGGAUUUGGAAUCAUCCGUAGGAAAUCUAGAGUUACGACAGGAGCGAACGACGCUGUGUGCUAAUGGACUUGCGGAGAAAUGGUGGAUGCACAUUAUAGAAAGUGAACUUUGGUUGCUUACAUGGCAAGCGCAGGAAGAUGCAAAUUUGCCGUUUCUAUGUCGAGACGAUGUGGUGAAUGCCGUACUUUCCUAUCUGGCUUUUGCUCCAUCUCCUGACUAUCGUAUUGGACGAGUUUUGCGAAGAAUGGCCUGUUCCAGACCUUCAAUAGAUGCUUUACUAACAAUGCAGUUCCAUACGCGUGUGCUCCAUACUCUUUGCAUGGUACCCUGUCGGGUGGUUCGAUAUGCAAAACGUUGCGCGCGAUGUGAGAGAGCUGCUGAGUUUGGAAGGGAAAUACUUAGAGAAUUCGCAAGCCAUGUGGAUAGCGAUUUUGGCAAUUCGUUUUUGGUCAAACGCCUUUCUAAUAAUGAUUUUACUACUCGUGUUGUAGCUGCUAUCGCUAAAGUAGCUUUGAUUAGGGAUCGUUUCCGUCUUGGCCAGAUGUCCUUGGGCUGUUUACCAGCUCUUGAUUUGCUUUUUGAUUCACUUCAUUCUCUUCUGCUCACUGAAGACUUUCCAGAAAUAGCUGAUGAAUCCACUUAUGUAGACGGACCUCCACUAGGCGCUCAAAUGAUCGGUGCUAUAUCUACACUGGUUUCUCCGCAACGACUACGAGAGAUUUUGGAUGCAGACUCGGCUGUUCGACCACAGGAGCGAGGCGAAUGCAUGAUUGAGAAGAACAGUACGCUGGACAUGGAAAGGCUGAUUUUCGAGACAAAAUCAGGCGAAGUCUUGGCCCGCGUGCCUAUGAAUGCUAUUUGUGAAGCUAGUGAAUAUUUCCAGGGGAUGUUUACAUCUGAUCUGCGAGAAAAAGCAACUAAACUGAGAAGUUUUGUGUUUUCUCCUGAGGAGGAAGAAUGCUCAGCCGAGGACUUCACUCGUUUCCUACAUCAUCUAUCUGGUUGUCGAUCACAGUGUUCUGCAAUUCAUUCAGCCAAGACAUGUGUAGCAAUGAUCAGGCUUUCCGAUCGAUAUCUGUGCUCAGCAUUAGCGAACUAUGUAUGUAGUCCUCAUGGUCCUGCGAGUCGUAUAUUAAACGGGGAUACAUUACCGGUGUUUCUACCUGGUGUGCUCACUGCUCAAACUCAUGAGAGGCUUAUUGCCAUGUGUCUUCUCACGCUCAUACGCUACUGCACAAGUUCACAGAUCGUGUCCGCUCUACGAUCCGUAGCUCAAAACCGUCUCCUUGUGGACUCAUUCAUCGAACAAUUGAAGGCAUUGACUACAUCGUAAAAACGACUUUCCCUCCUGUCCUUAUCUCAGACAACUGACCGGAACUUCCGCAGAACAUUGGAAACCUUCGCCGGGUGCCU